UCUGACAGGGAUUCUUCAACGAUACGAAAGCCACGCCGCAGCAGAAAAAAAGAUCUCUGCAGAAAUCCAGGACGCAGAGUCUAAAUUCUCAAGUAUGACAACGGGAGAACUGCUUCAAGAAACAGAAAGACAGCUCGAGGAAAAUGUUGACGGUGUCACUGCAACUGACCUUAUCCAUUUGGAAAAUGAACUUCUAACUGCUCUUGUACAAAUCAGAUCUAGAAAGACACAUUUGAUGCUUGAAUCUAUUAAGGGUCUUCAUGAGAAGGAAAAACUGCUGCUAGAGGAAAAGAAACAACUGGAGAACAAUAUGGCUCGAAUGAAGAAAAACAGAAGAGUUAAUGAGAAGUCUGACCUUCCACAACAGAGAGUGACCCUGAAUUUCCUCUAGCAAUUGUCAUUGUAUUUGUCAAAUAGCCAGUGGAAUAACCUGCUAAGAUUAGCAAAAUUCAAUGUUCCCAGAAAUAACUAAUGUUAUGCAGUUUCAACUUUCAAUAAAACUAAUUAUUUCA